AUCAAGGCUUUGACUCUUCACAGGUGAACACCUCACGGGGCGCAGCUCGAGUUCUCAGGAACCCUCGCGCAAGUCAGUCUGAGGCCAAGGACGGUUUUUUUAUUAUUAUUAUUAUUAUUAUUUUUCCCCCCCAUGUUGGAUUUUACAGAAACGUAAUUAAGUUUUCUCUACUUUCUUGAUGAGCUCCUAGAUUCUUCUGUUUACCUGAGAUGACGUGGUUGAAAGGGAUUCAGAAACUGAGGCCAGUGCUUGUGUCUGUUUUCUUUAUCCUAACAUCUCAAGGUGGUAACUGCCUGGUGGUGUCUCCUGUUGGUCCCACCCUGGUGAAUGCUUUAGCUGGCACCAACGUGACUCUGGCUGUGUCCUACAGUGGUGCCUCUGAUCCAGUGGUUACCUGGUUUAAGGGACCUCUGCCUGUGGGGACAUGGACUAUAAAUGCCAAUUUUCCUCCAGACAUAGCCAAUAACAGCUGGAGUGUGCUCGAAAUUGAAAGGAAUGGAUCUCUUACCUUUAUAGAUGUGCCACUGCGCUUUACUGGAAGCUAUACUGUUGAACUAACAAAGUCCGGGCAGGGAAUAGCUUCAGCGACAUUCACUCUGAAUAUUUAUGAAAUUAUCCAGAAUGUGACUCUGAUCACAGAGACUGACUUUGCCCAAGAGGGAGCUGAGCGGUUCACAUUACAAUAUAGCAUGCUUCAAGGUGUUGUUGAGCAAGAAAUAUGGCGCUUCAAUGGAAGAGACCUGAAAAACAGCACGCGCUAUUUGAUAGAGGGAGCCAGCCUUGUAAUUUUUGGACCUAACCGGACAGACAAGGGAUCAUACUCCGUGACAUUGAUGAACCCCUUCAGCAGCGUGACCACACAUAAGAAUGUGACUGUUCUAUACGGGCCGGAUGAGCCCAUUGUCGAGCCACCGCCAAUUCAACCUUUCUACAAAGCAGGGGACUCUCUGAUUUUCUCCUGCCAAGCUGAAGGAUUCCCACUGUCAAUUCCUCAGUGGAUCUUUGGGGGUCAAAUUCUUCCGGAUUUUCACCAAGGAGUCCUAAAUCUGACAAACGUGCAGACCAGUCAAGGAGGCUCUUAUACAUGCUCAGUGGUCAAUGAGCUGACUAAGGAGAAACGCGAGAAGAAUGUGACUUUAAAGGUUUACGAUGUGCCGCUGGGUAGUCCAACAUGCUCUGUGGUGUCUGUGAACAACGCUGACCUGCAGUAUCAGUGCAAGUGGGCAGGAGGAAUGCCAGAAGCCCAGUUGUCUUUCCCAGCGCUAAGUAAUACAAGCAGCGGAGCUGGAACCUUCAGCCUCACUGUUACUUCCUCGGCUAACCUCAAUGACAAAACUAUCACUUGCUUAGCAGAGCAUCCAAUUGAACAAAACACCUGCAACAUUACCGCAAAAAGUCCCAGAAAUUUUAUUCCCACUGUGGAAACCUCUGUUGACUCGGAUGGAAAAAUUGCAGUAACCAUCCGCUGUGUCAGUGAGGCGUCCCCUCCUGCUGUGGUUUCAUGGUCCCAGGGAAAUGAGUCUGUCGUCACUGGGUCGACGUACCAGAUCAGCAGUGACGCCACACAGCUGAAGAUUCGCAGUUACAACAUCAGCACUUUCCUGCUUGCGCCAAACUACACCUGCACAUGUCGCAAUCCACUGGGCAGUCAGAGAAAGCUGUUUCAGCUGCAAGGACCGACUAUCUCAGAUUCCAGUUUGUUCCCUAAUCAAGAUGGAACCAUCAUCACAUUGACCUGGGAGGUCCCACCUACAUCCUUGGUUACAGGUUUUGACAUCCAAAUGAAAGGACCCGAUCUUCUGAGCCACAGUGGUGGCUAUUCUGUUCCUAAGAGAAGUUCAAAAGAAUACCGCAUCAUUCAGCAGAAACCUGGGUAUGCUAGGAGUACAGAUGUCUUCUUGCUUGAUCCUGAUAUGACAUGCAGGUUUCGAAUCAUUCCCAAAGCUCGGCUAACAGAUGGAGAGCCCUCUAAGGUUCACAGAAUUGGCCCAGGUGAUGGUUUGAGUGGGUCUGCCAUUGCCGGCAUUGCAGCUGGAAUCCCAUGCAGCAUUCUUGCCCUCGUCCUACUAAUUGGCAUUAUUUUCCUAAUUUUCUACCACCACAAGAAAAAAAGCAACAAGACACGAUAUCCAGUCUCCAGAGCACUUGAGAAGGUGAAAACCAUCCAGCCUAAGGCAGUUUCACACAACAUUUUGAACAGAGGGCUUAGGCCUCCUCCUGACUACAACAGUUUGCACCAGAUGCCGUCUGAAAGAUCUGGGACUCUACCCAUGUUUGUCCCACCUGCCCCAGUCAGAGUUGCAACGACAGUUUAAACGAGUAAAUCGAUGUGUAUAUUUUUCCAAAACUGACCUUUUAUAUAUAAAAAUGCAAAUCCAGGCUACUGUUUCUCUAAGUGCUUGAAAUUGCAUUUAAAGGUAAAUCAGAAAAUCGGAUAUUAUUUUAGUAAUUUGUAAGUUUUUGUGCUGAAGUUGAAUAAUCUGUUAAUCUUUGCACAAAGUAUAUCAAUCAGGAAAUUCAUCUUGCUUGCUGAAACAUACAUUGCUGCUGGUGUUCAUACAUUUGUGCAGCAGAUGGUGCUGUGGAGUAAUGAAUGACAUGAAUUCAUCUGAAUGUCCAGCUAAACAGAACUGAUGAUACCUUCAAUAAACAUGAAGUGGUGAUACUUGCCUUCA